AUGGCAGGACCCCGUUGGACCCGCAGGACGUGGAUGGUCUGCGCCCUCAUUACAGCCCUGAUUCUGGGGUUCACAGAACCAGUUCGAGCAAAUGAAGAUGCUUCCUGCGACAAUUCCUCAUCCCUCGGACGCUCUGAGAACACUCGAGAGCUGGACGCUAGAGCCGAGGAGGACACUAGGGAUGAAGACAGCAGCAACCGCAUCAUGAAUGGGUCCGACUGCAAGCUGCACGCACAGAAAUGGCAGGCGGCACUGUUUAUGAGUCCCAAACAUCUCUACUGCGGGGCAGUGCUGGUGGCCCCACAGUGGCUACUCACGGCUGCCCACUGCAGGAAGCCUAUUUUCAAAAUCCUCCUCGGUCGAUAUUCCCUGUCACCUGUCUAUGAAUCUGGGCAGCAGCAGCUCCAGGGGAUCAAAUCCAUCCCCCACCCUGGCUACUCUCACCCUGGUCACUCCAACGAUCUCAUGCUCAUUAAGAUGAACAGAAAAGUCCACGAAAGUGAAACCAUCAAGCCCAUCAACAUCUCCUCCCAUUGUCCAUCUGCCGGGACCACUUGCACGGUCUCUGGCUGGGGCACCACCAGCAGUCCCCAGCUUAAUUUUCCCAAGGCGCUACAGUGCUUGGACAUCACUGUACUGAAUCAAGACAGAUGCAAGAAAUCUUAUCCUGGCCAGAUAGAUAACACCAUGUUCUGUGCUGGAGAUGAGGCGGGCAGAGACUCCUGCCAGGGUGACUCCGGGGGGCCUGUGGUCUGCAACGGCUCCCUGCAAGGCCUCGUGUCCUGGGGAGAUUUCCCCUGUGGCAAACCCAACAAACCAGGUGUCUACACCAACCUCUGCCGGUUCACCAAGUGGAUUCAUAAAACCAUCCAAUCAAACUCCUGA